AUGAUCUCUGUGAGAAGGAUGCUGCAGCAAGCCCUAAGAGUAUCCGGCCGGAGCGCCUCCCCCCUCCUCAAAUGGGUGGAGAGGUGGGCCGAGGGCGCAGCGGCCGGGCCCGACGCGACGACGGUGAGGAGCCUGGACGACAUGCCCGGCCCGUCGGUGCUCGGCUUCGCCUGGGACUUAUUCGCUCGCCGGGGGCUGUCCAAGCUGCACCAGUUACAGCUGGAGGGCGUGCAGCGCUACGGGCCCAUGUGGAAGGCGAGCUUCGGGCCCAUCACGACGGUCCAUGUGGCUCAUCCGGCGCUCAUUGAGCAGGUGCUGAGGCAAGAGGGCCAGCACCCCAUGCGCUCUGACCUUUCCUCCUGGAAGGACUACAGGAAGCUCAGAGGUCAGCACUAUGGACUGUUGACAUCUGAAGGCGAGGAGUGGCAGGAGGUGCGGAGCCUCCUUGCGAAGCACAUGCUGCCGCCCAAGGCGGUCGAAGCUUAUGACCAAACCUUGAACGGCGUGGUCAGUGACCUCAUGGUCAAACUUCGCCUGCGCAGACACCCCGAAGGCCUUGUGACCGACAUCGCCAGGGAGUUCUAUUACUUCGGCCUCGAGGGUAUCUCCUCUGUGUUGUUUGAGUCCAGAAUUGGCUGCCUGGAGCCAGUCGUUCCGAAAGAAACCGAGAUCUUCAUUGAGUCCAUCAACACCAUGUUCGUAAAAACGCUUCUUACAAUGGUAAUGCCAAGAUGGAUACAUUUGCUGUUCCCCAAACCCUGGAACACCUUCUGUCAGUGCUGGGACAACAUGUUUGAAUUCGCGAAAGGCCACAUUGACCAGCGCCUUAGGGAAGCAGAGAAAAAAAGGGAUGGAGACAAAGUGGAGGGCCACUACAUUGCCUACUUUCUGUCCCAAACAAAUUUGCCCAUAAAGACUGUUUACAGCAAUAUCACAGAGCUGCUGCUUGCGGGCGUCGACACCAUAUCCAGCACGAUGUCCUGGUCAUUGUACGAGCUGUCGCGUCACCCUGAGGUGCAGGCCUCUCUGCGCGAUGAAGUCCUGACAGUACUGGAAGGCAGGAAGGUGCCCCAGGCAGCAGAUGUAGCGCACAUGCCUCUACUGAAGGCCACAGUGAAAGAAGUGCUCAGGUUGUAUCCGGUCAUUCCUGCUAAUGCUCGAGUCAUCACUGAGCGAGACAUCCAGGUUGGAGGCUACCUCAUUCCUAAAAAUACUCUGAUUACACUGUGCCACUUUGCAACAUCACGCGAUCCGGCCGUGUUUCCAAAUCCAAAUGAGUUCCUGCCACACAGAUGGUUGAGCAAGGACCAGACUCAUCACCCGUACGCCUCUGUGCCUUUCGGGGUGGGAAAACGCAGCUGCAUAGGCCGACGUAUUGCUGAGCUGGAGCUCUACCUUGCUCUCGCCAGGAUCCUGAUAGAGUUCGAUGUGCGGCCGGACCCAAAGGGGGAUUCUGUGAAGCCCAUGACACGGACACUGCUCGUUCCUGAAAAUGUCAUUAACCUGCAUUUUGUUGAACGAUGACACACUCUUCUGAGUUGGCUGAGUUACGUGAACGUGACCGCAGCGCUCAAGAGAACAAAGCACGCGGGCAGGCGGCGACCUGUUCGGGAUCAUGUCAAAAUGGCUAAAAGGCCCACAAGACGCCUCUGGAGUAGAGUGCAGCGACCGAGGCGCUCCGUUGGAGUUCAACUAGCCUUUAGGUUAUGAUAGCGCAUAUUUGCACAAAGUCUGAGAGCUCCCAUGGAUGUUAUUUUACAGAUGCUCGUUAGACCAUGUUUCAUUUAUUUUAACUCAACAUGUUAAGCCUUGGGAGCAGAUUUUUGUAUUAGAAUGAAUGAAGCAAGUGUGAUUAAGAACUGUGUUCAUUCAGGAUAUGACCUCCCACACCUUGAUCUUAAUCAAGCACCUAGUCUUAGUGUGUAGUUUGUGCUAUUCUAGUGUGCUAGCAAGGGCAUACAGUGGAAACCCCAAAGUCGAAAAGUCUUCCGUGAAGCUGGUUGACUUUCAAGUUGUUCUAAUUUCUAAAUAGUUUUCACUCUUGUUAAUCAAGUCUAUUAAUGAUGCAAGUUUAUACUGUUACCAUCAUGAAAUCCAAGAGGGAGCACAAGUUGUGUGCAGAGUGAUACUGUCCCCCAGUGGUAUUUUAUAUGAUACCGUUUGGAUUAAUUAGUGGUAAUACAUGUAGUAUUUACUUUAGCAUCUGCUUAGUAAAAUUUAUUUGUGUAUAUCAUUGAUAUUUUAUUAUUACUGUUGCUCAGCUAUAAACAGCCAGGUGAUUUUCUUUUUUUUUUUUUUUUAAUAGUAGGGCCUUAGUUCCAUUUCCAGUUUUAUGGUUAUCAUCACCUUUUCCUCUUUGGUCAUCUGUAGGGGCAUCACAAAAGAAAAGAAAAGAAAAUGGAGUGGUGUUAAUCAUUUUUCUGCUCACUGAGCUGAGGUCUCAUGAAAUAUGCCAAUGUUUUCAACUUUACAUGUGAUGAUCGAACUCCAAGUUGUGUGUGACUUUUGGGAAUGUUUUGGUUGAAAUCCUAAUUGUUUGACAUUAGUCAAUAGGUAUUCCACUUUGGACCUACAUUUUUUUUUGUGAGGAUACGAAGAGCGUCACAGAGAAGAGUGUAAAAAAAAAAAAAGCUUUUUGCAUGGUAAAAAAUUGUGUUUGGACAAUUACAAUCUUGUGUUUGUGUUUGUGAAAAUGAUUGCCACAAGGCAGUUAUGGGGAAAACAAAAAUUGGGACAGGGUUCUUUUGAAAACUCUUCACUCAAAUGGCAGCUGUUGGAAACAUUUCUUUGCAUAAACAAACAUGAUGGAAACAUUUUGAAUUCACAAAGACUUUGUAAAUAUGGCUUAGCAAUGCUCACAUUUUUUAUUACAGUUUGUAAACUUAGCUUAGUGUCUGAAUUCUGUAUUUAUUGUAAUUUAACAUUGAAUUUUGAAACUGUACAUGACAAUAAAAUUCAAGGUACAUGCACA